CCGGACGUGUCAUCUGGUCGGAAUUGUCCGUGCUUUCCUUCCUCCGUGCAAGUUGUUAUUAGCCUGCGAAAUAUUAUUCCCUCUUUAAAUACCGCUGAUUUUAAUUCAAAUCGCAGUUUGUUUAACAUACAGAGGUAUUUGAGUAACCCGACUAUGGUCACAGUUUUACUUUUCUUUUCCCCCGUUGUGUUAACGUUAAAUGAGCCCACCUGUCAAAUUGAGCUAGCCAGUUAGCUUGUUGUAGCGUUAGCUAGCCAGUGUGACGCUUAAACAGGUGGGUGAGAUUUCCUCAACAUUUACAGCUUUAAUGUUGAGCACAUAACGUCAGGACAUUCAUGGCAGCCCGGCAACCCUUCACUGACACGGACACUGCCGAUGAAGCAGUGAGGGCGACCUGUGACGAUGCAACCACAUGCAAAAGGUUUGCUACCAGUAAAAGCUACUGGAAGGACCCCUAUAUCCAGUAUUUUGCAAGAUCUGUAGGGGAGCGAAAGGCUCCUGAAAUCAAUAGAGGUUACUACGCCCGUGUUAAAGGAGUUAAUCAUCUCCUUGAUGCGUUCAUAAGGAAAGCAGAGUGUGACUGUCAAGUAAUCAACCUAGGUGCUGGACUGGACACCACAUUUUGGAGACUAAAGGAUGAAAACCUCUUGCCGCGGAAGUUCUUUGAAGUGGAUUUUCCAACAGUUGUGGCCAGGAAAAUACACAAUAUUAAGACAAAACCACCCCUCUCCAAACCCCUCAUCGAAACCCACUCAACAGACUCUUUACUACUAGAUGCCCACAGCCUUGACUCAGACCGUUACUGUAUCAUUGGGGCAGACCUCAGAGACAUCUCUAGUUUGGAUGAAAAACUGAAGAAGUUCCAGCUUAACUCAGAGUUGCCCACAUUGCUCCUGUCAGAGUGUGUGCUGGUCUACAUGACGCCCUCCCAGUCCUCCAACCUAGUUCGCUGGGCAGCAGAAACCUUCCACACUGCCAUGUUCAUCAACUACGAACAGGUGAACAUGAGCGAUCGAUUUGGCCAUGUGAUGAUCGAGAACCUGCAGCGCCGCCAGUGCACCCUGGCAGGAGUGGAGGCCUGCCAGUCUCUGGACUCUCAGAAGGAGCGGUUUCUGAAGACCGGCUGGGAGCAUGCCGACGCUCUGGACAUGAUGACGGUCUACAGUAUGCUGCCCCAGGACGAUGUGGCAAGAAUUGAGCGUCUGGAGUUCCUGGAUGAGAAGGAGCUGUUGCAACAACUCCUUCAACACUACAGCAUCUGCUGGGCCAGCAAGGACAAACUCAGUCUGGGUCUGUCACAGUUGGCAUUUUGAGUGUGAAACUGCUCCACUGUUGGACAUGCUUUACAUGUGUGUUCGCCAAAAUCAACAACAGGAGAAGAUGUGUAAAGGGAGACAUCGGGAAAGAGGAAGCCCUUCUUCUCCAGCAAGCCCUCGUCUGGGAGCUGUUCCGGCGUGAAAACCCCCCGCAUCAGCAGAAUGUGAUUUCAUGAGCGUCCUUCGUAACGCAGUAUGCGCUGAAGAUAACAGAUGAUAUGAAGGUGUUUGUCGCUACACUGGCACUGAUUUACCGACUGUAAAAUGGAUCAAGUUCAUUUUAUUCAUUUGCGUACAGACACAUGUUGUCUGUGUCUAUGCCAUCACUUAAAAUGUUUAAAAAUCUGCUCGCCCGUGUUGAAGAUUAAAGAACACGUGAAGUUUUCGGAUGUCAUAUGUUUGUCCUUGUCUGGUUUUAAUGUGCCAUUUAGAUUUUAUUUAUUAAUGAGUUGUACUUCCCUCAUUUUCUUACAAAACAUGCACGCAUGCAAUAGAACUAGUAUAAAACUACAAGAAAUGCACUAGACAUUUGCUCGUCAAAUGUUCUCUGGACUUGAUCUUAUCUUUCAAGCAGUAAAGAGGACGACAGGUUAGUUUGUGAGUAUAUUUGAUGAAUGCAAGUCAAGUGCAGAUGAAUUAAA